AUGGAAGAUGUGUAUCUAUCUGUCAAAGAAACCCUGCAAACUAGUCAUAUACUCAAGGAGCUAAAUUCUAAUGUGCUUACUUUGAUUCCAAAGACCAAAUGCACGAAUAUUGUAAGUGAUUUUAGACCUAUUGCUUGGUGUAAUGUCCUCUAUAAUGUCAUUACCAAGCUUCUUUGUAAUAGGUUGAAGAUCAUCUUACCUGAUUUGAUUGCCCAGAUUCAAGGAGCAUAUGACACCUUAGAUUGGGAUUUCUUAGAGGAAAUGCUUAUAACCUUUAAGUUUCCUUCUAAGGUCAUCAAUUUAAUCAUGCAAUGUGUCUCUACAACGAGGUUCUCACUGUAUUUUAAUGGUGUCCUGCAUGGACUUUUUGGUGCUAAAAGGGGAGUGAGACAGGGUGAUCCCAUGUCUCCCCUACUCUUUGUUCUUGGCAUGGAAUAUCUGAGUAGGAUUAUGAAGAAAGUGGGAAAUAAAACAGAGUUUGGUUUUCAUGAAAGGUGUAAGGAUUUAAAGCUCAAUCAUCUAUGUUUUGCAGAUGAUGUUCUUCUUUUCUGUAAAGGAGACUUGCAAAGAGUACCAAUAUGCUCAAAGAGAAUCUCACAGAAUGAGCGUAACACUCUUGUUAACAAGAUGACAGCUCGCAUUAAAACUUGGAGCAUCAGAAACAUUUCAUUUGCAGGGAGUGCAGUGCUUAUUAAUUCAGUGUUGCUCACUAUUCACACGUAUUGGAGCCAGAUUCUAGUAUUUCCAAAGAAAGUGAUUGCUAAGAUUGAAAGAAUAUGUAGAAGCUUUCUCUGGAAAGAUUGCAACAACAUGACAGGAGCAGGAUCAGUAGCAUGGGAGAAAGUCUGUCAUUCUAAAGCUGAAGGUAGAAUUGGAUUUCUAAACAUCAGCAUUUGGAAUAAAGCAGUAUUGAUAAAGAAUAUAUGGACACUAGCUACAAAGAAAGACAACUUAUGA